UCAUAAACCACCGGGUUAACCGACUUUUAGUAUAUUGAAACUGAAAUCCCGUGAGCUCCAUAGCUUUCCCGCCAAUCCUUUUCUCUCUAUCUGCGAUGCUCGAGUUCACGGUAGACAUAAUUUUGCUUCAGAAGGCCGUGGCGCCGCUCGCUGAGAUUGCUGAUGAAGCCAACAUCAAGUACUCAUCGGAAGGGAUAACGAUGAUGGCCCUGACCACUGACAUCAUUUUCAUGGGGGUUCUGAAAUUCCGCUCAUUAGACUUGGAGAACUUUUUCUGCGACCUCGAAGGGACUGGAGGUGUCGAUCUCAAGCGCUUAUACGAGAUCCUGUGCCUGCUUGCACGAGAUCCUGAAAUGGAUCCGGAGGGGGAGGAAUACAUCAGCUUUUAUGCCCGAGAUGGGGACGACAGGAUCCAAAUUACGUUUACGAAUCGCAUAACUCACACCAGUUUUCCCCUUGGAAUUGAUAUGACUGAACCUGAACCUGAACCUGAACUAAUACACCAGUUUGAGUUAGAAACAGAAUACAAUGUGGUUGCUGCGCUACCUUCAUGGGAUUUUAGAGGCAUUCUCAGGCUUCUGUUUGCCUUAGGGGACAGAGUUUCUGUAACUAUAACAGAUAAGCAAGUGAAGUUCUCUAUAUUGAAUGUGGAAAUUGCCCUUCACAAAGAGCGUUCGGAAUGUAUAAUUUGGGGAACUGCUGAGGAUUGUCCAGUUCAAUUGGGCUUUGAUAUCGAUCACUUCAACCCGUUCAUUAGUGCGUCAUUUCUUACAAACAUGGUCUGGAUACUCCAUUCUGAUAAUUUGCUUGCGCUUCACCAGCUUAAUUUCCCUGUUGGGGCAGCGGGUAACAUCAUGCUUUACAUCAUAUGAAUAUGAUCAUCAUUUUGUACAGAAAAAAUAGGAAAAUAUGAGGAGGAGCUGAUGCUAUGCAUGACAUGAUAUUUGUAAUCUUCUCACUUCAAACAAUGUCCCUUCUUAUAUCUCACUGUAUCUGAAUACACGUCAAAAAAAGAUUUGUAUGACUUGCAAA